AUGUCUUCAAAACCAACAAUCGAACCCCCAGCUAUCAAAAAACGCGGUCGCCCGAAGAAAGUCGUAGCCGAGGAUGCGGGGACAACACCAGAAGUCGCAGCGAGCAAGGCGGCUGUGAAGAAGGCGGCCGCGAAACCAAGCACAAAGGAGAAGGUUGUGGAAGUCAAGAAAGAGAAGAAGGUGGCUACGAAAAGCGGGAAGACUACUCCCACUACUACUGCGACUGUUGCUGCGGGGAAGAAGAUUGCGCCCAAGUCAGCAAUUGCGCCAGCACAAGCUACGCCCGUCACGCCGUCCACGAGCAAGAUAUUAGAGGAAGUGGAAGCUAAAGGAACGCUGAAGAAGGCAAAACAGCCAGAAAAGGUCGUAGAGAAAGAAGCCGAAGCAAGUGUACAAGACACGAGGAAAACCGCGCCGUCGUCACAAUCCCCAGAAACAUCAUCACCAAAGACUCAAUCCUUACAAUCGAAACCAACUCCACCCACAACUGCGUCCUUGUCGAAUAACAAAACAACCUCAAACACGGCUUCAAGGACAACAACGACCAUUCCACUCCCUUCGGCCCCCAAAAUCGCCCCCUCACCCGUCUACCCAGCGACUCCAAAACCUACAACCUCUCGUCCACACAAUCCCUACCCUUCCAUUCGACCCUCGCCAUCACAGCCACAACCUCGUCCACCGCCCUCUCCAUACCAGAAGCAACACCCUACGCGCAUAAUAGAACCCACGCCCGACAUCCGCCUCCCGCCCAAGUACAAACCUGCGGCGCGUAGGGUGACGGCGAUAAUAGUGGGUUUACCCAUUAUUUUUGUAGUGGGGUAUGAGUUGUUCGAGCGGUGGAGGGGCAAAGACGUUAGGAAGAAGUUUGUCGAGGACAGGGAGGUUUUGAAACAAAUAGACAGAGAGAGGGAGAGGCAAGAAGGCAAGUAA